UAUUUCAUGGCAACAGCUUGCGGAGCGGCAACCUUCCCUACUAUAAACAACCUUUAGCGCGAGAUUAACCGGCAUUUCGUCCUCGCAUUGCGUAACUCCUCUUUACCGGGUGCCGUUUAGUUAUAUUUAAUUCAAAAGUGUGUAUUUGUGAAGGGAAACAGGAUAUGGUUAAUAAUAAAGCGCAGGAUUCACGUCCUUUCUGGUAGGCAGCAGGUUUAUAGAGCCUUGCAGGGGGCAGUGGGUUGAUCUGCUGGGCGUGAAUGACAGAAGGAAGAAAGGAGAUCGUAAUCUUUUGCUUUGUGCCUCUUGUGUGUGAAUAAUGUACAGUGAUGGUGCCUUCUCAGACCCACGUGAUGCUCAAGUGGCAGGAGCACCUGAACAGCUCCUGGGCGGCGGAGGACAGCGUUCAGACCGCCACACGGCACGGAGCUGCUGCUCUCUAUGCAAAACUGGUCUACAACAAGGAGGUUGUGGGCUUGGCUCAGCCAGUGCAGGACCUAAUGGGUCCACGCUUGCCCGACUUCCAGUACGAAUCCAGCGCUGAGGAGGAGAAGGAGGAAUAUCUGUCCGCACUGCUCCACAGUCAGCGAUGCCUGGCCCACCGCAUGCUGGCGAGGACCCCCUUUGCCCUAUCCCUGCACCACAGACUGGUGAUCCUCCAGAGGGUGUUCUACGCCCUCCAUAGCAAGUAUCACGACCGUUUCCGAGCACCGCUGCCUCCUCAACCCUCGUCCUCCAGUGCAGAAGGGGGCGCUCUGGAGUCAGUGUCUGAGCCUUGGCCAACAGGCAGUUCCCGUUCAAAGUCGGGCACAGACGUUCUCAUUGAAAUGGGAGUCCGGACUGGGUUGAGUCUCCUUUUUGCCCUACUGAGGCAGAGUUGGCAGAGGGGGCAUCUUGAGAACCCACCGGACGUCGCUCUGUGCAACGAGGUACUGGCCACCGCGUCUUCAGUCCUGGCCGCCCUGCCUCCUCUUUCCUUGGCCAACGAGAACAAGAUCCCGACAGUAGGGCUUGACUGUCUUAUGCAAGUUGGAGACUUCCUAAAGAAGACGGCGGUCAGUGGGUCCGGGGCGGAUCGGGCGGGUCGCAGGCUAUCCCUGGAGCUCCUUCUCUCGUUAGCCUUACAAAGAGGAUCCUUGCGCUUCCUUCUGGAGUGGGUGGAGGUGGCGUUGGCCGCUUCCGCUUCCUCCACCAUGACUGAAACAGUUGGAGUGGGCUACGAGCUGAUCCAUCAAACCCUGCAACAGAUGCGCCAGCACACGGCUAUUCGUGGUGAAUCCAUCAAUACUCAGGUGCUGAAGAAAGAUGCAGAUGGACUCUGUAGCCUCUCGCAUGUUGCUCUUUGCCUCUUUGAAGAGAUCUGCACCCUGGCCUCUAACUGCCUGUGCUCAUGCAGUGCGGGCUCUUCCUCUUCCUCCGGCUCCGAAAUUGAUGCCGUCAUGGUGUACGUGUGGGGCAGCAACAGCAGCCAUCAACUCGCUGAGGGAACGCUGGAGAAGAUUUUACAGCCCAAACUGGCUGUUCGUGGUGAAUCCGUCAAUUCUCAGGUGCUGAAGAGGGAUGCAGAUGGACUCUGUAGCCUCUCACAUGUUGCUCUUUGCCUCUUUGAAGAGAUCUGCACCCUGGCCUCUAACUGCCUGUGCUCAUGCAGUGCGGGCUCUUCCUCUUCCUCCGGCUCCGAAAUUGAUGCCGUCAUGGUGUACGUGUGGGGCAGCAACAGCAGCCAUCAACUCGCUGAGGGAACGCUGGAGAAGAUUUUACAGCCCAAACUGGCUCAGGGCUUCAGCGAUGCACAAAUGAUUGAGGCAGGCCAGUACUGCACGUUCUCUGUAUCUGCUGAUGGUGCAGUGAAGGCUUGUGGGAAGGGUAGUUAUGGUCGAUUGGGACUGGGGGACUCUAAUAACCAGUCCAUGCCCAAAAAGCUGGUUCUGGAACCGCCUCGCACCAUGAGGAAGGUGUCGUCUUCCAAGGGAUCAGACGGACACACGCUCGCCGUCACGGCGGAGGGAGAGGUGUUCAGCUGGGGAGACGGAGAUUACGGCAAACUGGGCCAUGGGAACAGCGCCACACAGAAAUACCCCAAGAUUAUACAAGGCCCUCUUUUAGGAAAGGUGGUGGUGUGUGUUUCUGCUGGAUACAGACACAGCGCCGCGGUGACUAAUGACGGAGAGCUGUACACCUGGGGGGAAGGCGACUUCGGUCGACUCGGUCACAGCGACAGUCACAGUCGUAACAUGCCCACUCUGGUGAAGGACAUCAGUGGGGUCGGGCAAGUGGCCUGUGGCAGCUCUCAUACCAUCGCUGUGGCUCAAGAUGGACGAAUCGUCUGGUCCUUUGGAGGAGGAGACAACGGUAUGCAGAUGUUUCAUAAAGUGGCCAUAUUAUAUGCUUCUGUAGUAUUUAAAUGUUUUCCCUAGAAGUCCAUAUUUUACAACAAAAUCAGUUGUAAUUUAAUAUCUAUCUAUCUAUCUAUCUAUCUAUCGUCUCUGUCUGUCUGUCUGUCUGUCUGUCAUUUUUAUUUCAUUUAAUAAUUCACCACCUCACUCAGACCUCGAUUAAUAGAGGAGCUCAGUAUUACUAAAAUCAUAGACAUUUCCUGUGGAGACAGCCACUGUCUCGCUCUGUCUCACGAAAAUGAAGUAUUUGCUUGGGGCAACAAUGCCAUGGGGCAGUGUGGGCAGGGCCAUACCUCAACGCCAGUCACCAAACCCAAGAAAGUGAUUGGUUUAGAAGGGGUGUCAAUACAGCAGAUUACUGCAGGCACGUCCCACAGCCUGGCCUGGACAGCGGUUCCUACAGACAGGCAGCUGGUGGCUUGGCACAGGCCAUUUUGUGUGGAUCUCGAGGAGAGCACGUUUACAUACCUGCGCAGUUUCCUGGAGCGUUACUGCGAUAGUAUCAGUGGGGACACACCACCUGCACCUUUCCCCUCUAAGAGGCAGCUGGUGGCUUGGCACAGGCCAUUUUGUGUGGAUCUCGAGGAGAGCACGUUUACAUACCUGCGCAGUUUCCUGGAGCGUUACUGCGAUAGUAUCAGUGGGGACACACCACCUGCACCUUUCCCCUCUAAGAGCUGCAGACACUCAUAUAGCUGGAAUGCUCAAGAGUUCAGUGCGGUAAUGAACACGCUGUCCAUCGGAGCAUCUCUGUUGCUGCCUCCUCUCAGGGAGAGAACGGAGCUGCUGCACUCGCUGUUACCACAGGGUCCAGAGAGCUGGGAAAGCCUCUCUAAAGGACAGCGUCUACAGCUGGACAUGGUGCUGAACAGCCUGCAGGAACAGAGUCAUGUGGCAUCCCUGCUGGGAUACAGCUCACCUGGGGAGUUGAGUGCAGGUCUGGCGCUGCCGCCCACCCCUGACUGCCCCACAGGAAGUGUUAGCUCAGGCUCAGAAGCUCCAGACCAUCUCCACCUGGCUGAAGUGCUCCUAAAGACCUUGCUGCUCAGCAUUGGCUUCUAUACGGAGCGUGCGUUUGGUGAACUGGAGAAGAACAGCGAUAAACAGCGGUUCAGUCAGUCCCAGAAACAGACGGAGGCUCCAUCACACUUCCACCACCUGCUGUCAGCCCUUCACAGACACCUGCUGGCCCACUGCUACAUCCACACAGGCGCUGAGGAUGACAGUAGCGUCGUGCUGCUCCAUAAGCACCUGUGCCUGCUGCUGCCUUACGCAGCCGAAACCUUCAGGAGAUCCACCAUCCUGCUGGAGGAGAGCACACUGGACAAACACGUCAUCAAGAAACUACACACUGUGCUGUUUGUUUCGGUGGCGGGCAGUCUUCUGUGUCAGGUGAUGUACUCUCUGCUCCUGUUGCCAUUGGCUGUGGUCAGACCCCUCCUUCCUCACCUACUCACUUUGCUUGAACAUCUCAACGAGCUCAACUGUUACCUGCCCAACACUGCGCACCUGGAAGACAUGGAGCUGGAAGGAACCUCACAGGAAGCAUCUGAAACCUCUGAGCCAAUCACAGCGUCAGAGUCAGAAGACUGGGCAUGGCUACUAGACCUGGAGAGGUCUGUGGCUCUUGCCAUUGGUCGAUGCCUGGGAGGUAUGCUGCAGGGCCCGCCCCCUUCCAUCCAGGAGAAGACAGCAGAGUUCUGGCUGUGUAACCCACUCUUGAGAAACGGGCUGGAGAUAGACUUUGAACAACUGGACUGGGCAAUGGGUUGGCUGACUGAGGCUGUGUUCAUGGGUUGCGGAGACGUGAGACUAGCCGAGCUGCGGCUGUCGGAAGAUAACACAACGCUAGUGGAACUUGCUCUUGGCUCCCCACGAGAACCUGCCAGCGCCCUCUGGAGGAAAAUGAAGGAGUAUGCGGAGAGUCAAGACUGGGACAAUAGUGGAUCAGUGGGAGACUCUGUGUUAGAGACGGCAUGUCGCUGUAGUUUGGCCGCUCUACUCAAACAUGCCGGCCUUCAUGAAGCCUACUGGCAGGAUAAAUAUGAGCCCUGUGAGGUGCUGAUUGAAAUAUAUCAGGUGGUGUAUAAAAUCCGCAGCACUCUGCUGUCCUAUAAAGAGAGCAUAGGAAACACAACCAGCGUCCAAACAACAACUACCACCAAACAGGCUUCAUUGGGCUCUCAGAGCCCCAGUGAGGAGAGACAGGAAGUGGGCAGCUCAGGAGAGCAGACAGGAAGAGACACAGAUCCCAGCAGCCAGACACCACACGCUGCUGAACACAACCAGGACGAUCCCUUAGAGGAGGAGACGCCCAGCAUCAGCAGUAUGUACCUGCCGGAGGUGCUGCAGUGUUUCCUGGCCACCCGUGAGGCCAUGCAGCUCCAACAGAACGAGACUGUGUACGAGUCGUCUGGCACCAGCACAUUGCCCAGCAGCACUGAGAGCCCUGGGACGCCAGACAGGGAGCCCCCACAGCGGCCCUGGGACCACCACAGCACCACUGACCAGGGCCUGCCCUUCCCAGCAGCCUGCCACCUGCUGGUUUCACGCUGCCUCUUCCUGUUGCUGGGGGUCCGAGCUGCUUGGCAGGAGGAGAGUGUGUUGUCACAGACACCUACUGAGAGCAGCUUGGCCAGAUCUCCACCCUACAAUGAGGCUUUAGGAACAAAGAUGGAUAUACAGUCCUCUUCUGAGAGAAGUUUCAGUGAGAGGGAGACACCAGAUCAGUCUAAAAGCUCCUCAGGGACAUUCAAGAAUAAAAUUGGCCUUCCUCUCUGUUCUUUGGGCAUCAUGAAAGAUGCCUGGGAGCGUCUACGGCAGUGCAUCAGUCCCACUACCGUGCUGUGCCCAGGUGGAGGUGGCACACCCGUCCUGGGCCAGGUCUUCCAUUUCCUUUGUGGCAGCCUCCACCGAACCUCUUCUCUGAUGGACAAAGAUGGAGUUGCACAUGUGGAUCCCAAAGCCAUCACCGUAGCCAUGGCGCAGCAACACCAAAGAGCUCAGGUGCGUUUGGAGGCCUUGUGUCAGAUUUCCUCCUUUCUGUCAGAGAUGGAGGAAAAGAACGUCAGCUCUCUGGCGCCUCCUCGUUUUCCAGGCCUCCUGCAGUCAGUGCAGCUGCAGUUCCUCUCUGGCUGCUUUGGUCUGGGUGCCCCGAUCACCGGCAGUCUAGCGGCACCUAACAACAAGAUUCACCAUUACACCGCUGGGACUCAGUCGGCUCCUAUCAGUGUUCAGAGGGAGUUACAGUCUGCGGCUCACACACUGUACCAGCAACUGGUGCGUGUGCUUAGACAGAAGGUGGCAUUAGAGAGAGAACAGGCUGGCUCUUAUCAGCACCUGCUGUUAGCUACAGUCUUCACUCUGAACUUCCACUAUCAGCCGGUGGAUCUCGUGGUGAUUAUUAAAUGUGGCGUCCUGGAGAUCUUGUCCACACUGACUGAUAAUGCCUGCGUGCUGGUGAACCAGCGCUGGCUGGCCGCCUCCAUGUCCGGUCACAUGCAGCUCGGUGGGGCGGUGAAGCUGGCCGCUGCCAGACUCCUGCAGAUAUUUGCCAUAGCGGCCAGUUCCUGUGAAGAUGCCUUGCCAUUGGAAGUGUCCCAGGCUCUCAUGGAUGUAAUGAGUGAGCAGCUGCAGGGAUUGUUACAUGUAGUCCACCAGCAGGAGGUGCUAGAGAGGGAUUCCACAGAGCACAUCCAAGAAGAAACAUCUAAACAAGAAAGUGCAGAUGUAGUUCGUAGCAGCAGGGUUGUGGAGUCCCAGCUCGCUGACUUUCUAGUCUUCCUAAGACGCAUUUUGUCACUAAGGGUCGCCAAAAGAGUCUCAGCAUUUGUCAAGUGGAUUGAUCCACUGAUGACAAUUAUAUCAUACAAAUGCAGCUCUGGAAAUUCACGCUUUCACAACCUGCGGACGAAGCUGCUGGCCUUCCAUAUUCUGGAAGCUCUUCUUCCUGCCUGUUCAGACCCUGUUGUCAUGAAACAAAUUGUCGAUCAAUUAUUUAGCCUUUUGUCCACAUACAUGUGGGAAGAACCUCUGGCCCUGAGAAAAAACUUAGAAAAAGAGAGAACUUCAGAGAACUCAAAUAGGGACAGUGGAAGUGAAGAUGAAUGUAUUCCUAUUGGUGAUUUCUCUUUUGACCCACAUAAACUGAUCUGUUGUUCUCUGGAGAGCGGGAAUGUACUCUCUCAUGGAUCGGGAGGAAAAGGGUACGGUUUGGCCACCACCGCCAUCACAUCUGGAUGCUUCAUCUGGAAGUUUUAUAUUACUAAGGAGAACAGGGGAAAUGAAGGGACAUGUAUCGCUGGAGGGACCUGCCUGCACAAACCCAGUGGUCGACGGGCGACCCUGCUCGGGGUCUUGAAAGAGGGAGGCCCCCUGGCUAAGCUUCAGUGGGAGGAGACAGAUUUUACUGUGAGCUUCCUGAAUUCUUGGUCACCCAGCGACACGCCUCUCUCCUCCCUGGAGCCGUGCGAUGUCCCCCAGCUGGACAUGUCCCGCUGCUGUGGCCUCAAGCCGUCCGUGUUGUUCGACCUCAUCCUGAUGACUGGCAUCUUGGAAGAGCAGGAGCCUCCUUCCGGAUCAUCCGAAACAUCUGGAUUGCCACGGAAUCGGAUCAGCUCAGAGGGCGGCCCACGUAGCGAGUUGGAGAGACGUUUGGAUGAGGACAUUGCACGUAUUAUGAUGGACGAAGAGGGAAUGAGCUGUCCGGUGGAUGAGGACAGAAAUAAAGUGGAAGAGAGGAGACAUGAGAACCAAGAUGACACGUUCAGACCCCUUGUACAGUCAAACGAGGAGCCUGCUGGCGCCCCCUGUCCACCAAUUCUCGCACCACAACCCAGGGUGGACUUUUUUGCUUUGGAACUACGUGCAGUCCGCAUAUCCUACCUCCUCUUGGGGGCGCUAAAAUCUCUGGCUGUCAUUCUGAGCUGCGGGAAGUUCACUGAUCUUCUCCUGGUUCCCAAAUCAGAUGCAGGGGUCAAUGUAAGUAGCCCCGACCCAGCGAGGGCCUCUGCUGGAGGGGAGGAGAAUGCCGAGCUGCGCUCUGUGUUGCAGUUUGUGGUGCGGAGCAUGGUGAAGUGGGCCGUCAGACCCUGUCCGAUCAAACAGGCCAUGGCUUUAUCAGACCUCGAGAGGGCCCAUAUCAUCAUCUUUAAAGGAGUGUUGAGCAGACUGCAUGAGGAUGGAAGCAAAGAACGCAAAGAUUCAGGAGGGCACCCGUCCUCUCAGCCCGUGUCCAAGUCCUCCAGUUCAGUGUCGCUUUACAGCAACGGCUCUGAAGGCACCGCUAUCUUCGGCCAAUCAGCUUCACCCUCCACCAAUGACCUCACAGCCUCGCUCCUCACCGCCCUGCAGGCUGACGGCCUGGAGAACUUUAACCCUUUCCUGCCCAUCAACCUGCUACAGCGGAUGGUGCUGGCGCGUUUUCCCACAUUGGCAGGUCUCGUCCACAGUCCGGUUCUGCCCCCCGGGCUCAGCCUGACGAGCUCAGCGUCCUGUGAGGGCUUCACUGAGCAACAGACCAGCUUCCUGGAGCCCUGCGGACAGACCAGGACCCCCGUGGAACAGCCCCAAAUGUUUGUCCCAGUGCGCUUGCUUGAAAUGGGCUUCUCAAUGAGACACAUCUACAGGGCCAUGGAGGCAGCAGGGGUCACUGGAGAGGUGGACUCACGCACCAUCGAGGUGUUGGCGAGCUGGAUGCUGGAACAUCCCAUCACAGACGAGCAGCAGGCAGGAGAGGGCUCGUUUGCAGGGGGCGCCACUGAUACACCCUCAUCUGAAGGGCCAGAGACGGUCCAGUGCCCUGAGUCUCCAGCUCCUCUGACCCUACAGGAGAGCAGAGAACCCAACGAGAGUCUGUUGGCAGGUUUGGACUUGGUGGAGAGAGAGAACUUCUUAGAUGUUCACCUCACCAGGAACAGACCUCCACCUGCGCGGAGGCAGCGGUCCGGAGUAAGUCAGAGAACUUCCUUCAGGAGAGCAGACUCCCCGUCGCCCAGUCCUGUCCCAUCGCUGUACAGACAGGACGUGGGAGUGGCAGAGUGGCCAGAGCGGGCUGAAACGCACCCGUUUGCUGCUGAAGACGACUCAGAGCUGGGCUACAUGGAUGAUCCGUACCAGGAAGAACCGUAUGAGGAGCUGCUCACCCCAGAGUUCAUCACCUCUGAGAGGGACACACUGUGGAUGGUAGAGGGAAGAGAAGAGCACCCAGAGCCCAAUGAGAUGGUGGAGUGUGAGCUGUGUAACACUCUCACCCUGCAGUUCAACAACCACAUGAAGCGUCACCACCCAGGCUGUGGUCAGAGCGCCGGUCGCCGUGGUUACCGCAGCAACGGGGCCUACGUGGACGGCUGGUUCGGAGGCGAAUGCGGAUCGGGCAGCCCAUACUACCUCCUGUGCACUGCAUGCAGGGAAAAGUACCUGUCCUCCAACCUGGGGGUUAUGAGCUCCAAACAGGACAGGGCAAGAGGUUUGGUGUCUGAUCUAAUUGGUCAAUUAGAUGGUACAUCAGAAGAUGAGUGGGAUCUAGGUAACCAGGAAGACUCGGACUCAGACCGGCUUACAGGUUUGGAGGACUUUGGGAUUCUUCUGAGACCUUUGGGUCUGAGUGAGAAGAAGCCCGUGCCCGACCCAAUCCCCUUCACUGAACACGACCCACUCGGAUCCCUCGUCAGUGGCUCGGUCAGCGGCAACAACAACCUGCUUUACAAAGGUGUUGUCAGCACCGAGCUGAAGAGCUCCUCGGUUCCUCUGAGUCUCGGGGAGCAGGCAGCAUCCCUGCGGGAGCCCCAGGAAAGACUGUUGGCUCUAAGGAGAGUCACCUCCACCGCUCAGAUCCUGUUGGCCUACAGUAUGGUGAUGAGAGCUCUCUCACAGACCUCCACCAGUAGUUCGGUGUGUAAUCAGUCCAGUGGUCUGGAGGCUCUUGGUCUGGCUGACAUCCGUAUCCUGGUGCGACUGAUGUGUCUGGCAGCGGGGGGGCGUGUCCACACAAGCGUGGACCAGCAGGGAGUGGGGCGUGGCUUUGUGAGCGAUCGCACAGGCUCCGCCUUCCUGUCCUUCCUCAGCUCAGCUAUCGGCAGUUUAGUGUCCCACAGUCCUGCUGCCUACAGAGAGUUAGUGGACAUCUGCACUCAGGAUCUCAUGGCAGCAGCUACAGGGAUGAACAUCAGCGCUAUCACUGAUCCGCAGCAGAGGGUGAGGCAAAGCCUCGUCCUCAAGGGGGCGUCACAGGAGCCAAGAGAACUAACCCCGCCCACCUUCCUGGUCACACAGAGUCUAGUGUCUCUCCUGACAGAAAAAGGUGUCCGAUACCGUUAUAAUGUGGAAAGAAGUGAAUCCAGUGAAUCAAAGGAAGGUGGAAGCCCUCCACCCGCAGGUCCCCCACUCUCUCAAGGGAUGCGGGUCGGGCCGCUGGAGCUGGCUAAUGCGCUCGCUGCCUGUGCCCUGUCGGCCAGGCUGACCAGCAGACACCGACAAUGGGCUGCACAACAGCUGGUCCAGGCCCUGGCAGUCUCUGAGAAAGACAACACCGCCAGACCCCAGACAUACAGCGACAUGGCCGGAGAUCUGCGCAAGUGUCCCAUCAAGAAGCUGGAAGGACAUCAGAACAGGGUGAGCAGCUGCAGUUGGAAUGCAGAACAAGGGCUGUUAGCCACCGGUGCACAGGAUGGGACCGUUCGACUGUGGGCCAUAACGCCAAACACAGCAGAACUACAGCACACACACGCCUGCAGCGUCAGUGAGGAUGCUCAGAGCUCAGAUGGUUCAAUGGGAUCUCAUCUGCUGUCCGCCGUAUCGUGGAGCGCAGAGGGAACUCUACUGGCUGCCUUCCAGAACAAACUCCUCAACAUCUGGACUGUCAAUGGUACUCAGGCACACAUCGAGGCUCAGUCCUCCUGGGUCACUGCGCUCUCGUGGGUUCAGACCUCCACUCCGUUCCUCAAUCAGGAAGCCUGCAGUCAGGUCAGCCCUCCUGAGAGUCUGCUGGUGGGCCGGCUGGACGGCUCCCUCUGCUGGCUGGAGGUCACAGACGACUUAAGGGUGGAGCGAACAGAGCUCACUCACUGCUAUAGGAAAGAAGCACCUCAGUGUCUGGCCUGGUACAGUGUUGAUAAACCCUUUGCCGUGGGCUAUCCCGAAGGCAAAAUUCUCCUAGCAACAGCAGAAAGCUACGAAACUGACCCGCCCAUUCUGCUAACAGCAUUUCCUGAGAGUGUAAGUGCACUCAGGUGGGACCCUACCGGACAUCUGCUGCUGUCCGUCGGCCGCUCUGAGGUGGUGAAGAUCUGGGGUCGUGCCAGCGGUGCGUGGGUCACCCUCCACUCUCUGUUCCACACGGGCACAGUCAACACGGCCGAGUGGUGCCCUCUGCCCGGGAGAGGGCCGGAGCCUCGUCUCAUGAUGGCAGUUGGAUGUCAAAAUGGCCUCCUGUAUGUGUGGACUCUUCCUCAAGGGGGCGCUAAUGUCUUAGUGCCCAAUUUCCUCACCCCAUCUACCAGCCAAGACAAGAGCAGUGCCAUCAAGCGGGGCAAUGCUAAAUGUGUGUACCGCCUGACUGGACACAUUACUGCGGUAAAGACCCUGUCUUUUUGUCCCAGUGGACUUGCACUGGUGUCUGGAGGAAUCGGAGGGGUGCUCAACAUCUGGUCUCUCAGGGAUGGUUCGGUCCUGCAGACUGUGGUUACAGGAAUGGGCUCUGUGGUUUGUACCACUUGGAUACCACACAUAGGGGUGACCGCUUGUUCUGGAAGAUCAAAGGAUGCUUUGCUAAUUCGCUGUACCCCAGACUGGAUUUCUCAGAAUCACGUUCUGGCUUCCUGCCGUUCCGUUCUACGAAGUCAGAGCAUUCUGGGAUUGAAUCGUGCCCCCUGCAUGGCCGUCUUUCUUGAGCGCCUUCCCACACUGCUUCAGGAGCAGUACAGCUAUGAGAAGAGUCAUGUGAUGGUGGGCGAUCAGCUGACUCACAGCGCCUUUCUUCAGAGUCUGGCCACACUGGCUGUGGGUCUCUUCUUGGAUCAGUUACUGUGCCAUCAGCCCAGACCACCUCACCUCAGCGGGAAAGAGCCGGAUCAGGACGGGGCCCCUGGAUCCUUCUGCCCCUCAGAGUGGAACUGGCUUUCCAUUUAUUCAACCACAGUGAAGAGCGCAGAGGCGUUUGCUCGUGGCACCCCAUUCCCAGAAUCCUUCAUCGCACCUGAGUUCCAUCAUUCUGGAUCCACAGAGUUGACCAAACCACUGGACAACGGUAAAUGGACCUUCAUGAUGGAUGAACAGCUCAUGUCCUGGGCGACCAGCAGACCUGAAGACUGGCAGCAGGGUGGUAAAAGUGAGGUGUACCUGUGGGGUAACGGACGUCACGGGCAGCUGGCGGAUGCCGGGACCAGCGCGUCUGUGCCCACCCUCGCUCCCUCCCUCUCUCAGACUCAACAGGUUGUGUGUGGUCAGAACUGCACGUUCCUGGUUCAGGCUAACGGUACCGUUCUGGCUGUAGGGGAGGGCAGUUACGGACGACUCGGACAGGGUAACUCAGACGACCUCUACACCCCAACUGUCAUCUCAGCUUUACAAGGUUAUGUAGUGACACAGCUGGUGACAUCAUAUGGGUCUGAUGGCCACUCAUUGGCUCUCACUGAGACCGGAGAGGUGUUCAGUUGGGGUGAUGGGGAUUAUGGGAAACUCGGCCACGGGAACAGUGAAAGGCAAAGGCGACCCAAACAGAUCGAGGCUCUGCAGGGAGAGGAAGUGGUGCAGCUGGCAUGUGGGUUCAAACACUCGGCUGCCGUCACAGCGGACGGAAAACUUUUCACCUUUGGCAGUGGAGAUUCUGGACGCUUGGGUCAGAGGUCAACUUCGAACAAGAUGGUCCCGGAGAGAGUUACAGCGCUAGAUGGAUACCACAUUGGACAGGUGUCAUGUGGCAUCAAUCAUACUUUAGUCCUGUCAUCGGACGGCCUGACCGUGUGGGCUUUUGGAGACGGAGAUUAUGGUAAACUGGGUAUCGGACCAUGUACAGUGAAGUGCUACCCACAGAAAGUGGAGGCUCUUUGCAAUAAAGGCAUUAAAAAGGUUGGAUGUGGAACGCAUUUCUCAGUGGUUCUGGCCAAAGAUGGACACGUCUACACAUUUGGCCAAGAGCGUCUGAUAGGUCUGCCGGACUCCAUGCUGAAGAAUCACAACCGGCCGCAGAUCAUUCCGGCUUUGGAGGGCGUCUUCAUUGAGGACAUCGCUGUUGGCUGUGAGCACAUCCUUGCUUUAUCCAACACCGGAGACGUGUACGCAUGGGGCUGCAACUGUGAGGCCCAGCUGGGUCUGGGCCAUUCCAAUCCCGUCAAAGAGCCUACUCUGGUUACUGCUCUACAGGGCAAGAACAUCAGGCAGAUCUCGGCUGGACGCUGUCAUACCUCGGCCUGGACCACACCGGCUCUGUCAACCAGAGCUUCAGGUUGUUCAGGGAUACAGCUGGGUCUACCUCAGUCUGUGCCUCCGCAGUAUAAUGUCCUCAAAGACUUCAGCCCUGAAGUGCUAAACACCCGACUCAGAGUGCUGUACCACUUCUCUGAUCUUAUGUACAAGUCCUGGAGGCUUCUGAACCUCGACCCCCGCAGUCAGGUAAAUGCUUCCCGCUACAGCUCAGGUACCGCUGCCAUCGUGCAGGGCCAACUCAGAGGCCUGCUGUCCCCGAAAGUCAACACCCUUCCUCUCGUUCGCACUAUCGGCAGAACCAUGACGCAGGGAAAGACCUACGGCCCCCAGAUUACAGUCAAACGGAUCUCCACCAGGGGGCGCUCUAGCAAGCCCAUUUUCGUGCAGAUCGCCAAGCAGGUGGUGAACCUGAACCCUACUGAGCUGCGUCUGCCCUCCAGAGCAUGGAAGGUGAAGCUGGUCGGAGAGGGGGCGGAUGACGCCGGCGGUGUGUUUGACGACACCAUCACUGAGAUGUGCCAGGAGUUGCAGUCUGGUGUGGUCGAGCUUCUCAUUCACACUCCCAACAGCACUGCAGAUGUUGGUAGCAACACGGACAGGUUCUUGCUGAACCCAGCAGCAGUCUUGGAUGAUCACAUAGUGCAGUUUCGCUUCUUGGGGAUCCUAAUGGCAGUGGCCAUUCGAACCAAAAAGCCCUUGGAUCUGCACCUGGCGCCAUGGGUGUGGAAACAGAUGUGCUGUAUUCCUCUGGGAGCCGCCGACCUGGAGGAGGUGGACUUGCUCACAUACCGCUCACUUCAGGGCAUCUUACACCUGGACAAUAGCGUGAUCAAUGAAGAGAACUUCACAGUGAUGAUCCCUCUGGACUCGUUUGUGGCGCACAGUGCUGAUGGCACGUCGGUUCCAGUGAUUCCUGGUGGGCAUAACGUCCCUCUGACAUUCUCCAACAGGAAUGAUUAUGUGGAGAGAGCCCUGCACUACAGACUUCAUGAGAUGGACAGACAGGUGGCAGCAGUGAGGGAGGGCAUGUCCUCAAUCAUCCCAGUCCCGUUGCUUUCCCUGCUCACGGCUCGACAGCUGGAACAGCUGGUGUGCGGCCUGCCUGAGGUCUCCGUGGAGAUGUUGAAGAAGGUGGUACGAUACCGUGACAUUACCGACAGCCAUCAGCUCAUUGGCUGGCUGUGGCAGAGCCUUGAGGAAUUUACCAAUGAGGAGAGAGUCCUGUUCCUGCGCUUCGUGUCCGGACGUUCCAGACUGCCAUCCAAUCUGGCAGACAUCACACAAAAAUUUCAAAUCAUCAAAGUUGAUCGGCCUAUGAACGGCCUUCCUACGGCCCAGACGUGCUUCUUUCAACUGCGCCUUCCUCCCUACACGAGCCAGGCCAUACUAGCCGAGCGCCUACGCUAUUCCAUUCAUAACUGCCCCUCCAUAGACAUGGACAACUACAUGCUGUCACGCAACACCGACCCAGCGGACGCCUCUGACACCGAGUACUGACGCGACGCUCGCAAAAACAGAUGCUAUUACGCUACAAAGCACAACAUAAUCUCAUAAAUGCCUGCGGUUGCACUUCUUCCUCAUACAUGCAAUACAAUUCUCAGUCACUAAACCUCACGUACGUUUUACGUACUCUCUGCGGUAUCCAGAAUGCGCUGCAGAUGCCAGUUCUUCCACAAGGUCAAUGGGAGAAUAUUUAAGCAAUUCAAUUCUUUAUUUAUUCAUUUUCAUUCGUGUCUCUGAAUGUUGCAGGAAACUUCUUAAAACUAAAAAAUAUUACAAUACCGUUACAAGCGCCGUGCCUGGAAUAGUCGCAAGGUUUUUUUCUCUUGGCGUUAGCGACAGAAACUGGGGUCAGUUUGUAGGUGAGCACUUGGCAGCUAGCUUCCUGGCCCAGUUUAUGCCAAAGGCUAUUAAACUACUGUACUGUAAUGUACUCAAUACCUUCUGACUCAGUGGAAAAAAAAAAAAAGUACUGUGAGUCUGAG